AUGUCUUUAAGCAAAACUGUAGAUUUUGCUCAAAUAUUAACAGAAUUAAAAGAUGGUUCAAUAUUAACAAAACGAAAACGUAAUGGAGAAAAAUAUUCACGUCAUUUUUAUCUUGAUGCAUAUGAAGAUUUUAUCUCAUAUCAUCAAUCGGAAAAAAUUUUUGCUCAACCACGUCGCUAUUACAUUCGAGAUAUCGACGAAAUUCGAACUGGCUUUCAUACGCAAACAUUUGAUGAACUUCAUAAGCAAGAUAUUAUUCAUUUGGACCAUGAAGUAUUUGCAUUCUCUAUUAUUUACAAUAAUUAUCGAGAUGAACUUCAUUUAAUGGCAAAUGAUGAACAAACAGAACGUAAAUGGGUACUAGGAUUACAAUAUUUAAUCGAUCUUUAUACACAAAAACGAGCAAGACAUAUUAUUUAUGAUACGAACUGGAUUUUAAGCCAUCUACGAUUUGGUGAUAAAGAUAAAUCGAAUACCAUCACUAAUCUUGAAUGUCAACAAUUACUAGCUGAUUCGUUAAACGUGGAACUACCAGAAGAUGUUUUUGAAAAACUUUUCCAAGAAACAGAUAAAAAUGGUAAAGGUAUUUUGACUCCGGAUGAAUUUAUAAAUUUCUUUCAAAUUCUUGCUCGUCGAAUGGAUCUUUAUGAAAUUAUGCAAAAAUAUGUGGAAAAUGCUGAUGAACAAACAAUUGAAACAAUUUGUAUGAAUAUUAAUGAACUUUUGUAUUUUCUUCAAACUGUUCAAAAUCAAAAUAUUUUAACUUAUUCAUCAAAACAAUUUAAAGAUGAUUUCACAGUUGAACCGAUUACGACAUACGAACAAGUACAAGAAUUAAUUACUAAAUUUGAACCAAAUAUUGAGUUACAAAAAAAAGGUCUUCUUAGUCUCGAUGGCUUUCGAAAUUUAUUAUUAUUCGAAGAUUUUUCUUUGACAAAGCCAUGGUAUUCUCGUCGACCUUAUCAAGAUAUGACGAGACCAUUAAAUGAAUAUUACAUAAAUGCUUCACACAAUACUUAUCUAUUCGGUAGUCAACUGUCUGGAGAUAGUAAUCCUGAAGCAUAUAAUCGAGUAUUACGUUCUGGUUGUCGUGUAGUUGAAAUGGAUUGCUAUGAUGGUGAUGAUGGCCAACCAAUAGUCACACAUGGAUUUACAUUUGUUAAACCAUGUCUUUUCGAAUCGAUCAUUCGACUCAUCAAACCAAACUUAUUCAAAGCAUCACCUUAUCCAGUUAUUCUUUCAAUAGAAAAUCAUUGUACGAGCACACAACAAAAAGAAAUAGCUCGUAUUUUGAAACAAAUUCUUGGAGAUCUAUUGAUCACUGUACCUACAACAGCUCAAACUUCAUCGGCAUUACCAUCACCAGAAGAUCUCAAACGUAAAGUUCUUAUUCGAAGUAUAAAAACAUCAUCGUCGACAACAACUUCCAAACCAUUACAAGAUAAAGAUAUUAAUAAGAACAUUAUUGUUUUUGAUCAAACAAAUGAAGUCUGUUAG